GCGGAGGCAGCGGAGCAGGCGCAGCCGCCAGCGCCCGGCCUCGUGGAGAUGACCGUCGCGCCGAGGCCCGCGACCGCGGCCACAGAAUGCGGCACGCAGACCCGGGAGGAGGAGAGACGCGAGAGGGCGGCCGCCGGGGUCCAGACGAGCCCGCGCCCUGCGCAUCCGCAGCGCGCCUUCUGCACGCCCAGUGCCGUGGACCCGAUUGGCAGCUGGAGGACAGCGACCCGAGGCAGGCGGACGACAUCACGAUCCAGCUGCUGGGCUUCCGGCGAACCGCGCGCGACCUGCCCCCCACGGGCGCGGUGCACCUGGCGUGCCGCUUCUUCGUCUUCGCGCCCUCGGCGUCCUCCUCGGGGGCGGAUUCGCGGCUGGCCGGAGGCGGCCAGCGCGCAGGCCACCCGGCGGCGCUGCGCUUCGUGGUGGCUGGGGGCGACGGGCCGGGCUCGCACAGGAGCCCUCACCGAGUACCUCGCCUCGCGCGCGGCGGAAGUGGAGCUGUGGAGCUCCGAGGCCCUCCUGCCGGUCGGCACGGCAACCGUGCCGCUGGCAGGGCUGGUCCGCAGGGGCGAGCGCGCCGCGUCCGUGGAGGGCGAUUUCGCGGUGCUGAGCCAGGACCCUCCCCAGGAGCUCUGCGGCUGGGCGCAGCUGCUGCUGACCUGCCGGGGGCGGCAGGGUGGCCCGACGCCCCCGAAGGGUAGGGCCCAGGAGAGCCGAGGGCGCCGGUGGCCAGGGCGCGCGCCGCGCGCCGCCUCGAGGCGUCUUCAUUUGGCGCUGCCGAAAGAGACGAUGCGUCGGCGCCACCCCACCUUGUCUGGUGCCUUCGCAAGCUCGGCCAGGGGCUCGUGA